UUGCAGCUUACGUGACGAAGAGUCUCACAGCAACGGGACAAAAAUGUGCCAUUUUCUUGUUUUAAGCUAAAUAAAUCUAUGAGGCUUGGAGGAAACAACCAUGGAAAGCUUAAGAUAUUUUUACUUCGGAAUAGUGUACUAUUUUUGUUUAUGCGAAUCUUCAUUCGGCAAGACUGUCUAUUCUAUCUCGGAGGAGGUAAAUAAGGGAACCGUUGUCGGAAAUAUAGCAAAAGAUCUAAAGAUGAGUGUUCAGGAACUGGAAUCUCGUGUCUUGCAGCUUGUGUCUGGAUCCAACAGAAAAUAUUUUGAGGUGAAUUUUAAAACAGGAUCGUUGUUUGUGAAUGAAAGAAUUGAUCGAGAGGAGUUAUGCGUCGCUCAUCAGCAGUGUUCUUUGAAUUUGGAGGCCGUUGUUCAAAAUCCUUACAGUCUUUAUAGAAUUGAAAUUAUUAUUCUGGAUGUUAACGAUAAUUCCCCAUAUUUUGUGGACAGCCUUAUAACUAUAAACAUAACCGAGGAUGUUGUUCCAGGAGCUAGAUUUCACCUUCCUGUAGCUGAAGAUAACGACGCUGGCAUUAAUGCCAUCAAAGACUACAAACUGAACAAAAAUGAACACUUUUCUAUUGAUGUACAAAGUGAGGAGCAAAGUGUGUCCGCUGAAUUAGUGCUCCAAAAACCUUUAGAUCGCGAAAAGCAAUCAGUAAUUCCUCUUGUACUGACAGCUGCCGACGGGGGAAAGCCUGCAAUGACAGGAACAUUAAGUGUUAUUGUUAAUGUAUUGGAUAUAAAUGACAACUGGCCUGUCUUCAGUAAACCUUUGUACAAGAUCAAGGUGAGAGAAAAUGUUCCUGUCGGCACAAAAGUCGCCUCUUUGACUGCUACUGAUUUGGAUGAGGGCACAAACAGUGAGAUGCUUUACUCAGUAGCUGAACAUGGACACAUAAAAAAGCAGAGUCUAUUCACUGUGAUUCCUGAAACUGGGGAUAUUGUUGUUAAGGGCCAAAUAGACUAUGAGAUAAAUCCUGCUAUUGAAUUGCGCGUUCAAACGAGAGACAAAGGUAGUCCUCCAAAGAGCACACAAUGUAAAGUUUUAAUAGAAGUUAUGGAUGAAAAUGACAAUGUGCCAGAGAUAAUUAUGACACCACUGUUAGAAAGUGUGAGAGAGGACACUAAGUCAGGAACUGUAGUUGCUUUAGUUACUGUCUCUGAUAAAGAUGGAGGUAAAAAUGGCAUUGUACACUGUGCUCUGAAGGACUUGUUACCUUUUAAACUGGAGUCGUCGUAUAGCAACCAUUAUUCUCUAGUGGUAGAUAGACCUCUGGACAGAGAGAAUGUUUCUGUGUAUAUUAUCACUAUUACAGCUAUAGAUGAAGGAACACCAUCCCUUUCCAGUAGCAAUGUUAUAACCGUACAUAUUUCUGAUGUUAAUGACAACUGCCCACACUUCCCUGCAUCCGUUAUUAACGCUUAUCUGAGUGAGAAUGGUCAACCUGGUGGUCUUGUGACAAAAGUGGUAGCUGUUGAUUUAGAUGCUGGUGAGAACAGUGCACUUUCAUAUUCAUUGUUCGAGAGUUCCAGUUCCAAUGUCCCUGUAACAACAAUGCUAAAUAUAAACUCAUUAAGUGGUGAAAUAUUCAGUUUGCAAUCAUUUAAUUGUGAAGAAACAAAAAGAUUCCAGUUUCAAGUUCUGGCAACGGACUCUGGCGUUCCUCCUCUGAGCAGUAAUGUGACUGUAAACAUUUUUAUCCUCGAUGAGAAUGAUAACAGUCCAGUUAUUUUGCCACCAUACGCUGAACCCGGAUCAGUUAAUACAGAGAACAUUCCCUAUUCUGCUGAAGCGGGUUACUUUGUAGCAAAGAUCAGAGCUGUAGAUACUGACUCUGGAUAUAACGCACUUCUGUCUUAUCACCUAACUGAACCCAAAGGAACUAAUCUUUUCCGAAUCGGAACCAGCACUGGAGAAAUAAGGACCAGGAGGCGAAUGAGUGACAAUGACUUCAAAACUCAUCCUCUUAUUAUAACAGUGUCUGAUAAUGGAGAGCCAUCACUCUCAGCAACUAUGUCUAUGGAUGUUGUGGUUGUUGAGAGUGUAGAUGACAUAAAGACAUCUCUCAGUCCAGUUCCAGUUAAGGAAGACAGUUUUUCAGAUCUGAAUCUGUAUCUGCUAAUCGCUAUUGUCUCAGUGUCAGUCAUCUUUUUACUGAGUCUCAUGGGUUUUAUAGCUAUUAAAUGCUUCAGGACAGACGGUGGUUUCAGCGGAUACAGCGCUCCAGUGAUCAACACACAUCCAGAUGGGAGCUGGUCCUUCUCUAAAUCCACACAACAAUAUGAUGUGUGUUUUAGCUCAGACACUAUAAAGAGUGAUGUAGUAGUUUUCCCCUCGCCAUUUCUGCCAGUAGAUGCAGAACUAAUCAGCAUUAAUGAAGGAGAUGAUUUUAAUCAGACUCCAACACUUCCAAGUUCUUUCAAGGUAAGAUAA